AGACAUACCGAAACUUGAGGAAUGUGACAGUUGCAGACUUGGAAGUGGCAACCUACUUCGUGCCCCUCUCAUGUUUCUCCAGCACCAACAAACCUGGGCCGGACAUCACUUCUGCAAGGGCUGCAUCUACUAAAUAUUGGGCUACAGGAUGAUCAAGUAUGUAGGCCCAGGGUUCAUGUGCAUCGUUAAGGAGGAGCCGGCAGCUGCUCCAGCUGCUGUUGAAGAUGAGUUUGAAGCAGCUACCAGGAGCGACAGUUCGCAGACGGCAAGCAGUCGCCAAGACCUUGAAUGCGUCGGGGAAAGCGCCCCUAGCUAUGAAUGCGAGAUGUGCCACAAGGUCUUCAGCACCAAUCAACGCCUGCUCCAGCACUCCGUAGCGCAUGGGCGCGAGUGGAAUUUCUGGUGCAGUAUCUGCGGAGCCAGCUUUCCACGAAGCGAAGAUCUGUUGGAACACGGAAUCAGCCACGUCGACAAACAGCAGCACUGCUGCUUGAUCUGCUACAGGUCCUUCUGUAAUGCGGGCAUGCUUCGAAAGCAUGUCUGGUGUCACACUGCUGUUCAUAAGAAGCGUGAAGCGGCUACCGGGGGCGACAGUUCGCAGAGGGCAAGCAGCCGCCGAGACCUUGAAUGCGUCGGGGAAAGUGCCCCUCGCUAUGAAUGCGAGAUGUGCCACGAGGUCUUCAACACCGAUCAACGCCUGCUCCAGCACUCCGUAGCGCACAUACACAAGUGGAAGUUCUGGUGCAGUCACUGUGGGGCCAGCUUUCCACGAAACGAAGAUCUGUUGGAGCACAGGAGCACCCACAUCGACAUGCAGCAGCACCGCUGCUUAGUCUGCCACAGGUCCUUCAACCAUGCAGCCCUGCUUCGAAAGCAUGUCUGGUUUCACGUCGAACGUCCGACAUUCUACUGCCACCUGUGUCCCAUGGUGUUUCCCGUUCGGCAGCAGCUGUUAGAUCACCUGCACACCCACGAUUGUGUCCCCUUUGCGUGCGAGCAGUGCAGUGCCACUUUCAUCUUCGAGGCAGAGCUGACGAGGCACAAGAAGAAGCACGAGGAAGUUCGGUGUCACAAGUGCCCCGAGUGCAACAAGGCCUUCCUCCAGAAGUCCCACCUGGCUGAGCACCGAACAAUACACACGGGAGAACGGCCGUUCAGCUGCAACAUCUGCACAAAAAAGUUUGGGCGCCAAACCCGCUUGGCUGUACACAUGCGGAAGCAUGGAGAUCAAACUAACGUCCAGCAAUCAAACGACAUUCGAACUAACACUAACAAAAGGCAUAUUCAAGAAGAGCAGGAUCCAUUUUUCAAACUUGCAGAGCAUUUAGGCCCAGGGUUCAUACACCUCGUUGAGGAAGAGCUGCCAGCUUCUCCAGCUGCUGUUGAAGACGAGUUUGAAGUGGCUACCGGGAGCGACAGUUCGCAGACGGCAAGCAGUCGCCGAGACCUUGAAUGCGUCAAGGAAAGUGCCCGUCGCUAUGAAUGCGAAAUGUGCCACAAGGUCUUCAACACUGAUCAACGCCUGCUUCAGCACUCCGUAAUGCAUGGGCGCGAGUGGAAGUUCUGGUGCGAUCACUGUGGGGCCAGCUUUCCACGUAGCGAAGAUCUGUUAGAGCACGGGAGCACCCACGUCGACAAGGAGCUGCACCGCUGCUUGAUCUGCCACAAGUCCUUCAACCAUGCGGUCCUGCUUCGAGAGCAUGUGUGGUCUCACACCGAGAAGCCGACAUUCUACUGCCACCUGUGUCCCAUGGUGUUUCCUGUGCGGCAGCAGCUGUCAAAGCACCUGCGCACCCACGAUCGGAACGAGCCCUAUACAUGCGACCAGUGCGAUGCCACUUUCGUCUUCGAGGCAGAGCUGAUGAAGCAUAAGAAGAGGCACAAGGAAGUUCGGCGUUACAAGUGCCCGGAGUGCAGCAAGGCCUUCCUCCGGAAGUGCCACCUGGCUGAGCACCAAAAUAUACACACGGGGGAUCGUCCGUUCAGCUGCAAAAUCUGCACAAAGAAGUUUGCGCGCCGGACCCACUUGGCUUUACACUUGCGGAAGCAUGGAGGUAAAACUAACGUCGAGCCAUCAGACUCCUAGGCUUCUUCUGCGCAUAUCUUCGGUCCAGAUUUAAAUCUCCACUGGAGCAGUUCGUGUCUACCAGAUGUGGUCUGUGUAAACAUCUCACGAAAGUAAAAGCAUUGGUUACACUUUUUUCUGUCUUUUUGUAGCAUUAGCACAGUCUGCAGUAGCUAGUGGAGGUUUGUGGAUGACACAUACAAUUAUAUUGGCAUCAGCACUGCAACAGAAUAUACGUAGUAACUGUAAGAUUAUUUAACUACAUACAACUUUUGCACAGAAGGAUAUAAGUAUGCAGAAGCCAUGUUGGUAGAGUGCAAUAAAAAAUUGUCAAACAUUU